CAUGAAAACAACAGCGGCAUGUGCGCGCUCAGAGUUGCAUUGUGCCAAACGCUUUGCAGGGUCUCCAAACCUGUAAAAAUGACAAUCACGAGCGGCCUGCUGAUAUCUGCCAGGGAGUGCUCCCAGGCAGGACACAAGAGGAACACCCAGAGGUGGGAUCUGUGUCCUGAGGACAUCAAGGCAGCCACGGACAGCUUGAUAGCCAGGGUGCAGAAGGUCUACGAUGACAUUGGAUCUCUAAGUAUAGAAAACGUGUCUGUUGAAAACACCCUGCGAGCUUUGGCCCAUGCCAAGUUGGAUUAUGCCUCAUCGCGCCACGUCCUCGACUUCCCCCAGUUCGUGUGUCCCUCUAAGGAAGUCCGCUCUGCGAGCACGGAGGCCGACAAGAAGCUGUCGGAGUUCGACGUGGAGCUCAGCAUGCGGGGGGACGUCUUCGAGCGGCUCCGGGCCUUGCAGGCAAAGCCUCAGAACAGCCUUUUGCCUGAAGAAAAGAGGUUUUUAGACCGACUCGUCUUGCUCGGCCAGAGGAAAGGACUGCACCUGUCCAAAGACACACAAGAGGAAAUAAAAAGAACUUCAAAGCUCAUCAGCGAACUCUCCAUAGAGUUUAACCAGAAUCUGAACGAGGACAACACAUAUCUGACGUUCUCUGAGCGGGAGCUGGGUGGGCUGGCUGAUAGCUAUCUCAACAGCCUGGAAAAGACCGAGGAGGGCCGGUUUAAAGUGACACUGGAAUAUCCCCACUACUACCCCCUGAUGAAGAGGUGUCACAACCCUGAAACCCGGAGGAAGAUGGAAGCAGCUUUUCACAGCAGGUGUAAAGAGGUAAACACAGCCAUCCUCGAACAGCUGAUCCAACUAAGAGCAAAGGUCGCAGACCUCCUGGGUUACAGUAAUCAUGCCAACUAUGUGCUGGGGAUCAACAUGGCAAAAAAUGCAAGCAAUGUGUCUGACUUUCUCGAUAAGUUUCACGAAAGUCUGAAGCCGGUUGGGAUGAAGGAGAGGAAAUACAUCCUGGCGCUGAAGAAGAGGGAGUGCCUGAUGAGGGGCCUCCACUUCGAUGGGAAGAUCAACGCCUGGGAUUUGUCCUACUACAUGAACCAGGUGGAGCAGUGCAAGUUCGCCGUCAACAAGGACAAACUGAUCGAGUACUUCCCGCUGGACGUGGUGACGGAGGGGCUGUUCGGCAUUUACCAGGACCUGCUGGGCCUCACCUUCGCCGAGGUGCAGCACGCGCACGUCUGGCACGAGCACGUCAAGCUCUAUUCGGCCUGCGACUCGGAGACGGGCGAGGAGAUCGGACAGUUUUACAUGGAUUUGCAUCCAAGGGAGGGAAAAUACGGCCAUGCGGCCUGUUUCGGGCUCCAGCCCGGCUGCAGAGGCCCUGAUGGGAACCGCAGGCUUCCCGUAGCGGCCAUGGUGGCGAAUUUCACCAAACCCAGGAAAGGCUGGCCCUCCCUGCUCCAGCACCACGAGGUGGAGACCUACUUCCAUGAGUUUGGUCACGUGAUGCAUGAGAUCUGCUCCAAGACCACGUUUUCAGAGUUCAGCGGGACCCAGGUGGAGACGGACUUCGUGGAAGUGCCGUCCCAGAUGCUGGAGAACUGGGUCUGGGAGAAGGAGCCUCUGAGGAGGAUGUCACGCCACUACAAAGACGGCACGUCCAUCCCGGACCAGCUGCUGGACAAGCUGAUCGCCUCCAGAGUGGCCAACACCGGUCUGAUGAACCUGCGUCAGGUCGUCCUCAGCAAAGUGGACCAGUCGCUUCACAGCAGCUCCUGCGCCGACACUGCGGAGGUGUUCGCCAAACACUGCCAGGAGAUCCUGGGUGUUCCUGCCACACCAGGUACUAAUAUGACGGCCAGUUUCAGCCACCUGGCCGGAGGGUACGACGGUCAGUACUACAGCUAUCUGUGGAGCGAGGUCUACUCCAUGGACAUUUUCUUCAGCCGUUUUAAAAAAGAAGGCAUCAUGAAUCCAGAGGUUGGAAAAGAGUACAGGAGAGUGAUCCUGGAAGCCGGGGGCUCCCUGGACGGAACGGACAUGCUGAGGAGCUUCCUGGGACGGGCGCCGCGUCAGGACGCCUUCUUCCAGUGCAAAGGACUCAUCGGCUCACGGGACACGCAAACGGCUUAAUUCCUCUUGACUUUUAAAGAAUCAAAGAAGGGAUUUUUCUGAACUGUCAGCAGAACAAUGCUUUUGUUUAAUGUGUUCAUCUCAUGGUGACUUUUUUCAGCAUGGCAGACCUUUUUCUUUUUUUUUUUUUCUUGGCUCAUCUCAGCACAGCAGAAAGCAGAGGUGUGUCUAAUAACAUUAACCACAGCACUUCUCUGUUAAGUGUCCCCCCAAGACUGUUUGACAGUCAGCCAGGCGGCACAAAGACCCGUUUUAAACCACAUCCUGACUCGUCAGACCAGGAGAAUCCAUGUGGUUAAUGACGACCGUGUCCCAAGAAAACCAUGAAAAUCUGCAUGAAAGCAGCACCGUGAAAAAACUCACCUGAAAGGAAUGCCGUCUGGACUUUUUUUUUUUUUUUUCUGCUGUUAGAAGCUAAAAUCAGCCCUGAAGCUGGUCCAGUUUGGCACAAUCUGAUGUUUAUUUUAUUAUUUAUGUGUUGUUGUUUUUUUUACUGUGACAUAGAUAAGAGUUUCCUUCAGAUUUCUGAGCAUUAUUGUCUUAUUUCAUUAUCCCUCAAGGUUUGGACAGAUAAUCUGUUAAAGACCACUUAAAGUUGCACAAUGUGAUUCAUUCACUGAAAAGGAAAAAAAAAUCCACUGUUCUUCAGUAACUGUUCUAUGUGACGGAAUUAUGACACUAUUUAGAAAAACGUAUUUUCUGUGCAACCAUGUUUUCAAAUUAUGAGCCAUAUUUAUUUUGUGCUAAUCUCUAAGAAAAUAAACAUACUUGAAAAUUCUGAAAUAAUCAUAUUAAUUCAAGAAAUUAGAGAAACUUUGUUUUUGCAUUAAACUUUUCUUUAAUUUUUGGAAGCUUAUGUAAUUCUGAAAAAAAAAAGACAUUUUAACAUGAAAAUAAUUGUUAUCUUACUGGUUUUGAACAUUUUCCACUUUAAGUACAUAUCUGUAAGUCUAUAUUGAUUAUUAGUGCCAAGAAAACAAAUGUUUUGCUUAUAUGAAGUAUUUCACUGUUCAUUUGUAUAUUAUCAGAAGGAUAGGUGGAAAAUGAUUUUCACAUUUGUAUUUUAUUCUAUCGUAACUUAUAAACAACUUCUGAUUUUUUUUUAAUA